AUGGGUAAUAAAAAUGCUAAAAGACUACCUUUGAACAUCCUCAAGAUUCCUAUUUAUGCAAUUGCAAGCUAUUAAGACUACGUGUUUCUCGGAGGAGGUGGAGGCUAUGAAAUAGAGAAUUUAAUAGAAGUCUAUCAUCUUGAAAAUCCUAGUCAGAAUAUCCUUAAUAAAAAGGUUCACGAAGAACCAUGUGGAACUGGAGUACCUAAUUAUUUCGAGUUAGCUCACAAUGUAAUUUACAAUACCAAUUAAUUCUUACAAUAGAAUCUCAAUCUAUUAGCUACUUGUAUAUUUGCUAAUGUAGUUCUAUAUAAAAUUGAGAGAGAAACUGGAAAGUUAUUGAAACUCUAAGAAUUUUAAGCAGACUUUAAGAAGGAAGAAGCAUCUGUGAACUGCUGCAGAUUUUCUAGAGACAAUAGUCUACUUGCGACAGGCAGUGAUGACUUCCAUGUCAGAGUAUUUAAGCUGAACACGUCUGACUACAAAUCUUAGGAAAAGUUAUUUGAACUACCAGGGCAUUUCGAGUCAAUCAAUAGUGUUGAUUUCUCUCCAGAUAAUAAGUAUUUGAUCUCUUCUUCAACAGAUGCUUCCUGCAUUAUCUUUAACCUUGAAAAGAAAGGACAGAAAGUGUAAAAACUGACAUUUAAUGAUGGUCUCGGGGACAACCCUAAAAAUAUGCUAAUGAGAGGCUGCUUUUUCACCAAUGACAAUAAAUACAUUUAUACUUUAGCUACAUAGACUAGAUCCAAAUCUUACUUAAUCAAGUGGUAAAAUAAAGAGAAUUAUGAGCCAGCUAAGGUGACUCUAGUACAUAAUACUACCUCAUCUGGGAUGAGAAUUUCACCUGAUGGUAAGCAAAUAGGUAUCAUGACAAGUGAUGGUUUCGUUAAAGUUAUGAAUGAAGGUUAAGAAAAUUUCACAUUUGCUCAAAAGAGGCAUAGACUGCCAGUAACAUGUCUAGGCUUUAAAACUAAUGUAAACGGUGGAGCUGAGUUUGUGUUGAGUGGAUCACCAGAUUACACUUACAACAUUAUAAACUGCAAGAGUACUUUAAUAGGUACAACAUUGAGUUUCCUUUUGAAGUUAAUGAUUUUAUUUGGAGUUGUGUUUAUUCUGAUUGGUUUUGUUUGA